CUCCCGCGCUGGUUCGGCACGAGGGUCAGUCCAAGCGGGGCCUCGCUUUCCGCUCCACACGUCGUGUCUAUACCUUCCCUUCCUCCCGAGCUUCCUGCCUAGACUACUUGGCCUGCCUGAGAGGUCAUCCCAUCAUCCCACCUCUGACCUGAAGCACUCUAUCACUCUCCUCUAAUGCCGUAGUCUUGAGAUACCCCGGAUUCACCACGCUCAGCCUCCUCCGAGCUUCCUUAUUACGCGACCCACCAUGGCCUCCUCCGUCCCUUCGUCGCCCCAACAGGCAACACCUCCUCCGCCAGCCGAGUCCAAGGAGACAGCAUCCGAUGAGCCACUGGUGACCAUCACUCCUUCAGACAGCCCAUCCUCAUCUCCUACUCCAGCAGCUGCGUCAGAGGAAGGUCUCUCGCUGAGCCACAUCACGACGGCCAUUGCGGUUCUUCUAGCUCUCAUCCUCCUCCGCACAGGCUUCUUCAAUGUCAUACUCGUCGUUGCGACAUCCGCUACGCUGCUCCUUAAUCCCUAUGUGAGGACAUUUCUGGACCUUCCUAGCAUCACUGGAGCCGAAGGCAAAGGAAGCCGGACUUCAGAGGGCGACGGAAGAGAGGGGAGGUUCGGAUCCUGGGACCCAGCCAAGUACUUCACUGCCUUUUCCUUUCGGUCAGCCGGGCAGGAUGGUGAGGCAGGGAAGGAAAGCUCAGAAGUCGGGCAGACAACCAGGGGCGCUAGUAGCAGAGCCUCGAGCGAUGAGAGAAGCUCCCUGACCCCUCUACCUCCGCAUCUCAAAGACGCAAUGGACCAGCUGGCCCCCCUUGCCAUACGUGACUUUGUGCAGGGCUGGUACACCCAUCACUCCUUUGGCUACCCUUCUUUUCCCCGCUCCGUCCGAGGGACACUGGACUACUUUGCCUCGUCGGUCUGGACGCGGACCCUGACCACCAAUCUUCACUCCGUAGACGUCGCAACGGAGCUCCUCCUCACCGGCUCGUCAGUCUUCUUGACUUGCAUCAGGCGCAAGCGGAUAGCCAAUGCUGCUGCUCAGGCAGGAGAUCGCAAUGCCGCCAGCGCCGUGAGGAGGGGUGGUACAGGUCACUGGAAUAGCAACGAGGAAAGAAUCGCCUCCCUACGAGCUGCCAUGCGAUCCUUCUUCGAGAGACAUCUACCGCCCAAUGAGCGCGAGUCAGAUCUCGUCUUUGCGGUCCUCACGGAAAUUCUGACGAAACAACUCUGGAAUCUCAUCUUGACUGUUGGCGAGCCAGACUUCCUUAAUCGGACUUUGGUCGAGUGGAAGGAAGGGCAGCUUGCCGCUGCAGGAGGUGGGACUACUACUGCUGACGCUGCCUCGGCUCCUUCAUCGAUGGAUACUCCCAUGAGGCCCGGAUCCAGCGCCUACAACAAGCAGGCGGGAGCAAGCUUACCCCGGCCUCCUUCGACCGCCAUGGGUCAGCAACAGCCGCCCGCGCCUCCCUCAAGGCCUGGCUCAGUCGCCCCAGAAAGAUCGCUCUCGGCCGCAGGAGGCGGUAUACGCCCUUCGUUCCCUCUGCCGGAUCGAAAUACCAUCUCCUCUCCUCCCUCAAGGGCUGACUCGCCCAUGAUGCCUACAUUUGCGGCAGCAGGGCAGCAGCCUCGGACUUACGCUCCGACGAUGAGGGUCGGGAGUGCCCAAGGGACGCAGUCUGUCGAUCAGUCUUACAGAAGGCCUUCGACCGGAGCCGGUCAAGGAGGGCAGUCAGCAAGCAUGGAACGGCGAGCCUCCGCAGCGGAUCCGGUCUCUCGCCGCUCGAUUGACGCAGCAGAUGGACUGUCAGCAGUUGUAGGGGGACUCGGUGGAGUAUUCAAGGGAGCAGGCAGAGGAGUUGACGCUCUCGUGGGCGGCGUGGGAGAUAUCCUGGCAGGUGAGAAUACCCCACGUCCUAUGGGCGGAUCCUAUCGAGACCCUUCGACGCAGGAGAAUCAAAGCCCCACUUCCGCCUGGAAACGAGACCCAGCCGCAGUGGAUCGAGCAUCAACGCACCCGGAGGUCUUGCAGAAUCAGCACAAUGCCGUCAGGAGGAAGCAGCCGCAGGGCCGCAAGGAUGACUUGACGGAUCUGAUGGCGUCUCAAGCUGCCUGGCCUUCCAACCUGCCGCCAAACCUCAGUAAUAAUUCACCAGAUGGUGAGAACUUGCCAGAGAGCCUGCGAGCAAGUCUCCGGAGGACGGGAUCACCACCCGGCUCUAGCUUGGGUGGCAGCCCGGUAAGCCGGAUUAUGUCACCUGGUCCCCCUCGCAUGACUUCCUCCCUGCCAUACGAGAUCUCACCUCGGUCCUCGGGCGACUACCACUCGAGAAGCAGCACGAGUGCAAGUCCCGCAAUAGGACGUAGUGCGUCGCCUGUCAUAUCCUCGCAGCCUCAAGCGACGACCCUCCUACCUCCUCGCCCACCAUCCCGCCCGAAUCAGCCGCCAUCGAUGGCACCACCUGCUCUACCCUCACGAUCCGCCAAUACUAUGACUUCGACCGCGGCUCCUUCCUCCUCUUCCCUGCCACCCGCCCCCCCUCUCUCAUCAGUUCUCUCGCGUCAGGACCCUCAAGGUCUGUACGAUGCAUUCGAAUCCUUCCUCGAGACACCGCCUUCUUCAGUGUCCCACUUGACGGUUGCAGGCGAGGGAGAGGAGUUACUGCGACUGCAGAUCGGCCUGGGGACAAUUGAGCGUUUAGUACCUCGUGGAUCAGGCUACGAAGCUGAGAUGUUCCGCGAAGACGCCAGUACAAUCUUGUCAAAGGCUCGGGAAGGUCUGAAAGCUGCGGCGACAUCCAGUGGGGCCCAGAAUGGCAACACGGCUGAGGCAUUGGUACGCACGCUGGAUCGUGCGAUUGCUCAGUUGGGCUUUGGCCCACAAGGCUUCGACGGCAAGGAGGGAACGGUGAGGGAGGCGCUGGACCCUGUCCAUGCGGAUCUUACGGCACGAUUGCAAACGCUCUACGAGGCCUUUUGGCGCAUCAGAAGCGAGAGGCUCGGGGGCUCUAAAGGAGCCAAGACGAGCGCUGCACCUGCUCAACCUCCUACGAUGACGUCUAGCUUGGCUUAUGAGCCGAGGAGGAAAGCCACUGCUACUCCGCCCCCUCCUCACAGCCGAAGCCAGAGUCAGGGGCAUGCAACGCCAUUGUCGUCUUCGGUGACGGGCACUCCAACUAGAGCACCGCAAGCACCGACCGUCACGAGUACAGCGCCCACUCCGCCACCUCGCCCGAAUACUAGCGAUGAAUCUUCCAUCCUUCGAGCGCCGAAGCCACGCCAACCUAUCAUCGAUCAUCUCGUCGAUCUGGACGAGGACGAUGGAGACGCAGAUGGCGAUGCUUCCGAAUCGCUCCUCGGCGCUUCCUCGAACGCUCCAGCGAUCCAGGUGUCCAUUACAGACAUCUCUGCCAACGUCGAGAGGCCCAAUGCCCAGGUCGACGUUCGCAGCUUCGAAUUCAUCUGCGCCGUCGACGCCGAUGCUGGUGGAGGCGGCGGUUUCGUCCUCGUUCGACGCUGGGCAGAGUUGCUCACGCUGGACAAGGAGCUGAGACGCUUCUCCUCGGGUCUGCGAGAGCUCCCUCCUCUCCCACCGACUAAAGGCAAGACGAGCGCGAUGCUCUGCGCCGAUCUCGAAGGCUACCUUGCUGCUCUCCUCAGCAACCCCGAGCUGGCCUGCCUGCCUCCUGUAGAGAAGUUUGCGGAUCGCAGCAGAGCAGCGACGGCUGCUGCUGCCAAUGCAAAGGUCUUUAAUCCUUUUGUCAGUGGAGUCGAGCUGGGCAAGAACCUUGGAAAAGGAUUUGUAGAAGGUGUAGGGGCGGUAGGGAAAGCGGCUGCCAGUGGGCUGCAGCAACAAGGGGCCACCCCACCUCGGGCUCGACAACAGUCUGGAAGUGGACUGGAUGAGUCACGCGAAGAGAGGUCCUCAACCAUCACAGAUCCAACGGUGGCAUCAGCAGCAGACCUCACGCCGACUCCUCCAAAAGACAUUGGCGGUGGGCCCGCUGCUGCAGCUUCCACUGGCUCCUCAGGCGUGCCCGUCUCGACGACAUCCGCGGUAGCCUCGAAAUCUUCGCAAGGCCUCUCGCCACGAGCCCUCGACGCCCUCCUCACCUCCAUCUUUGCCCUCGCAGACGAGGCUCUUUCCCUCACCGGCGCCUGGAGCAUGCGCAGAGGUGUAGUUCGGCUACUGCAGAGCGUCGUGCGCCAAUCUUACUCAGCGGCCAUUGUGUCUGCCUUUGACGGUACCGCCUCUGCUCUGGCGUCGCAGUCCGUCGCAAAGGGCCUCCUUAGAGUCCGUACAACCCUCUGGUCCUCUCCCUCCUCGGGCACAGGUGCCGAACCGGUAUGGCACUACCAAAAGGGAGCACCACGUAGCGCUCGUGAGCGGAUUGAAAGUGAAGAAAAGGCGAGGGAACUUGUACUCAGGUAUGCACCAGCUCAGGCAGCCUUUGUGCUGGGACCUGGAGGUAGGAAUGCCUGUGAAAAGGCACUGGAGAGUGUACAUGCAGUCGUGUGCGAGGAUGAAGGGGCGCUGGACCUCGUCUUGACCCUGACACUGAGGAUGUUACAGAUGCUGUAAGGAAAGCGAGGGGAAAGGAGGCAAAGCAGGAACGCGGGCGUGCAAACAAUCACAGUGGGGAUUGCUGGAGUGGCGGAGGGAAUAGCAAGGAGACAGAGUUGCUCGAUCUCAAUUAGGGAACGUGGUGCGGGUGUUGGAGAGGCGCGAAGCUGUAUCCAGCCUGUCGGCACCAAAAGCAAGAGGCCCCAAUAAUCUAUCAGUAUCUCGAUCGCACGUGCUGUACAUCCUCUGACGGUGCGAAUCAUGCUGUGUAUGGCUGUAUUGCAAAGGUUGCCGUGGCAGGAAGCCUAUCUCGACUCUGCCCAACAAAGCAAUGUAGAAGGGGUGAGCAGCUCACAUCGAAGCGAUUCGACACGAGCCGAAUUGACACGGUAGCGUUUAGUGGUGAGCGUUUCCGUGCUUCUCCAGCUUGUAGCCAACCAGAGAUCGUCGACCGAGCUGG